GAAACGUGUCAAAUUUGAAUUACAUUCAUUGAAGAAACAUAUUAAAAUUUAAAAAUAUAAAGAAACAAAUUAAUGACAUAUUAAUUACUUUCUAUAACCUAAAAUUUAAAGUAAUUAAUUAAGAAAAAUUGAAAACUACCACAAAAUGACAAGUGAAGAUUAAUUUUUAAGAAUUAAUCACAAACUUACAUGUAUCAAAAUGCAUGAAAAUAUGACAAAUGACAUAAAAUAUUUUUAUUUAUUAGAAUAGAAAAAAAAAUGAAAUUUAAGAAAAUGAAAACUAAACAAAUGGUCCAUGUGGAUAGUAUGUGUACAUUUAGUCAAUGAUCUUUGUCGAGCCCGAAACAACUUAUCAAUGUGGAAAUGACCAAAUCCCAAGUGCAACAGAAACUUUAAGUUUAAAGGCAAACGCCUUCAUAUUAGAAAUUUCACAAGUUAAUAGUAAUUCAGACAUAGUUGUCUAAAUAUGACAUAAAUCCUUUGUAUUUAUUAUAGAUUUAUUAGAUAAUUUAAAAAAAUAAAUAAGAUAAGUUAAAUAUCACCCAAAGCGUACUCAAAGUCUCCCACAUCUAUAAUCUUCUAAUAGAUCGUUAUACUAAUAAUAAUCAUAUUUAAAUAUUAGUUGUUAUGGUAAUUACAAUAGUAAACGCGUCCAUCCAAGCUACAACUCACACACUUGCCGCUAAUAUAAAUAAUACACAAAGACUUCACUUCCAUUCUUCACAUAUCCUCUCAAAAACUUGCUUCUUCUUCUUCUAUCUCUCUCUCUCUCUCUCUCUCUCUCUCUCUCUCUCUCUCUCUCUCACACACACACACACACAAAGAACCAGAGAGAAAAUGGCACCAGGGAAUUCUCCAUGUGCUUCAUGCAAACUACUGCGAAGAAGAUGUGCCAAACACUGCAUUUUUGCACCUUAUUUUUCAUCGGAUGAACCCCACAAAUUUGCAAUCGUUCACAAGAUCUUCGGUGCUAGCAAUGUUAGCAAGAUGUUGCAGGAGCUUCCUGUUUGUCAAAGAGCGGAUGCAGUAAGCAGCCUGGUGUAUGAAGCAAAUGCAAGAAUGAGAGAUCCUGUUUACGGAUGUGUAGGGGCAAUUUCGUACUUACAGAGUCAGGUUUCACAGUUGCAAAUGCAGCUGGCAAUGGCUCAGGCAGAUAUGCUAUGCAUUCAAAUGCAACAAGAGUCUGCAGUAUCCGCCAAUGGUGUCUUGCCAGGUCAUCCUGGAUACAGCAAUAAUAUGUUAACAGAGGAUGGUGUCUCUUCAGAUGACAUGUCAUACCCACGUAUGCAUAAUAGUAAUACCAUCAUCAACCAUCAUCAUCAUCAUCAUCAUCAUCAACAUCAGGAACAAUACUUGAACUUUACUUGUAACAAUGUAAUUCAGUACGACACACUAAAGAGAGAGUCUUCUUCUCUUUGGGCAUGAUGAUAAGCAUUAUUUAACGUGGUUUGAUUAUAAUACAAGUAUCUUUUAGAUCUUUAA